UUCUGACCAACCGGAAUAUCACGCAUGCGCGCAGUACACAAAGGCCUCGGAAAUUUCACUGCAGGUUAAACACGACAAGGAAUUUGUCUACGGGGAUCUAGAACACAACACACCAGUUUUGCUGUCUCUGUCAAGGUAUUUAAUAUUUGAUAUCACUCAAUCAUCCUUCCCACUCAGACUGUGGGGAGGUAUUCACUCGAUCAUCGGACCGACUGGCAUGCCCGUAAUUUUAAACGGGAUCCAAUUCAUCUGCUCAGACAGUGGGAAUGGAUUCAGUCGGUCAUCUCAACUGAAGGUACAUCAGCAAGUUCACACUGGGACAAGGCCAUUCACCGUUUCUUGGUGUGAGAAGGGAUUCAGUCGGUCAUCCCACCUGUGGACACACCAGUCAGUUCACACUGGAGAGAGGCCGUUCACCUGCUCGGUGUGUGCAAAGGGAUACAAACAUAGUAGUCAGUUCACACUGGAGAGAGGCCAUUCACCUCAUCAGACUGUGGGAAGGGAUUCACUUAGUCAUCCACGCUAAUGUCUCACCAGCGAGUUCACACCGGGGAAUGGCCAUUCACCUGCUUGGACUGCGGGAAGAGAUUCACUUGCUCAUCUAAACUGAAGGUACAUCAGAGAGUUCACACUGGGGAGAGGCCGUUCACCUGCUCAGACUGUGGGAAGGGAUUCACUCAGUCAUCUGAACUGAAGGUACAUCAGAGAGUUCACACUGGGGAGCGGCCGUUCACCUGCACAGACUGUGGGAAGGGAUUCACUCAGUCAUUUAAACUAAAGGUACAUCAACGAGUUCACAGUGGAGAGAGGCCGUUCACCUGCUCAGACUGUGGGAAGGGAUUCACUCAGUCAGCCCACCUACAAGCCCACAGGUCAGUUCACACUGGGGAGAGGCCGUUUACCUGCUCAUACUGUGAGGAGGGAUUCACAUUGUCAUCUCAGCUAUUGAGACACCAGUCAGUUCACACGCGGGAGUGGCCAUUCACCUGCUCAGUCUGUGGAAAGGGAUUCACUCGGUCAUCCCACCUACUGAGACACCAGUCAAUUCACACCGGGGAGCGGCCAUUCACCUGCUCAGACUGUGGGAAGGGAUUCACUUGCUCAUCUCAACUGAAGGUACAUCAGAGAGUUCACACAGGGGAGCGGCCGUUCACCUGCUCAGUCUGUGGGAAGGGAUUCACUCAGUCAUCUGAACUGAAUAUACAUCAAAGAGUUCACACUGUGGAGAGACCGUUCACCUGCUCAGACUGUGGGAAGGGAUUCACACGGUCAUCUGAACUGAAGGUACAUCAGAGAGUUCACACUGGGGAGUGGCCGUUCACCUGUUCAGACUGUGGGAAGGGAUUCACUCGAUCAUCCCACUUACAAACACACCAGCGAGUUCACACUGGAGAGAGGCCGUUCACCUGCUCAGUCUGUGGGAAGAGAUUCAGUCAGUCAUACAACCUACAGAGUCACCAGCGAGUUCACACUGGGGAGAGGCCGUUCAUCUGCACAGAAUGUGGGAAGGGGUUCACUCGGUCAUCCCACCUACAAGCACACCAGCGAGUUCAUUCUGGGGAGAGGCCGUUCACCUGCUGAAGCCUGAGUUAUACCUCUGCAUAGGCGCUACAGUGUAGCCUACACAGUAGCCCAUGCAAGUGGCCUAUGCUGUUGUGAGCAUUUCUACUUGUGCGUUCGUGUGUCUUCGUCACUCUGCCAAAACGCGAGUUGGCAUUGGGCUUUCUAUCCCACUGUUUUGAAUUGACUCGUGAUGAGCUGGAAACGAUGGCGACUGCUGAGUACGUCUUGUGGGAGUUGGAGCUAAUAGAUGUUGAACAGGAGUUACUUUUAUUGAAAUUACUGCAACGCAGAGUUUUUCCAUUGUGCAUUCCACGACGUCCAAACCGAUGUUUGUCAAAAUUUCUUUCCACGAAUUUGGUGCCAUUUGCAAGUCUUCAUAGUCUGCCGACAAAGCGUGGUACAAAUGUACAUAUUUUCUGACUUCCUCACUUAACCUCUCCUCGAUUUGGUCCAUUUUCCAACUUUGAAGCAACAGGAAAUGCGUAGGAGGAAAUGCGCUGCUACCAAGCGGACCAAUCACAGUUCUUGCGGUCUGCGUCACCACGACGCGUAGUUACAGUUUUGGGAAGGUGCAUGUUAGGCUACGGCGUAUGUUACGGCCCGGCAUGCCGCGUCAAGUAUGCGUCUACGCGGAUCCUAUGACAUAGCUUCGAUGGAGAAGUACAAUUCAGGAUUCAGUCUGUGCGAAGGGCUUGACUUGGACAUCUCAACUACAGAGACACCAGCGAGUUCACACUGGGUAGAGGCCGAUUGCUUGCUCAGACUUCGGGAAGAGAAUCUCUCAGCAAAAUCAACUUAAUGUACAUCAUUGAGUUCACACUGGAGAGAGGCCGUUCACCUGCUGUGAACGUGGGAAGCGAUUCACUCAGUAUUCUAACCUUAUGUAACUCUCGCUUCAGCUAGCAGCUUAAUAUAGGGGGUGAUAGCGCCCCAGCCCGGCCAAAGUUAAGAAAUCUCAUUUGGGUGGAUGCUGUGUGAUGUCUCCCCUGUUACAAAUCAGUACCCUGAAAUAAGAAACACUCCACAAUAUGUGAUAAAACGAUUGAGCUUUAUAAUUCUGACUUUGACUAUAUGGUUAGUGAAGUAAUCAAAAAAAAUGGAAAAACAGUCCACUCUCUCCAUUCGCAUCUUCUCAUCUCUUCCCAGCAAAAGACCAGGAAAAUCUCUCUUCCAGACUUACAAGGAAGAAUAUUUCUGUCAUUGGAUAGUUCCACACUUGAAAACCCUGUUAUCUCUAGUCGUAACCUAAACAUUUCACUUUUUGUGUUUGCUCUGUUCAUAACAUUCUCGUUAGAUAUUCAUUUCAUCCAUGAUAUUCUUUGCAUCAUAUUGGACAUGUGAUUAGAAAGAGGAGUCGGAAUGCACGGUAAUUAUGGGAAAGAUUGAAGGGAAGAAAGCAAGAGGAAGACAAAUGAUGGUGGAGACAGCAGCCAGAGAGUUGGAAAGGAAUACCAAUGAAUUGAUCCACUUGACCCGAAACAGGAGUGUGUGGGCCAUGGCAGUCAAAGCUCAAACUGGGCACGGCACCUGAUGAUGAUGAUAACGAACCUAAACAUUGCUGCUACAGACAAACCUCAGCAGUGAAACAUUACAGAGAGGCCAUUACGUUAGCAGUGAAACCUUACAGCAUGUUACACUUCUGACGCACCACCGGGUUCACACUGGGGAGAAAGUUUCAACGAGCUGCAUGCUGGAUAUUUGUCCAUCACCGUUGCUGAAUGCAAUUUCGAGAGUGACUGUCGGUGCUGAACUCUGCAAUUAUUGCUGCUGCUCACCACACCCGGUUCUGCACCCUGGUCACUGGCAUGGGAGGAGUUUCUUCUGCUGCACAGUCACCUUUAAUGAUACUAGAUCUGUGACAAAUAAAUCAGUUCUAUUUUAAACACUGUCUCCAGUACUUAGUGAAUUUAUAACACCUAGUGGACAGUAGAGUCAACUCAGGCUGGCUGGACCCUGCCAGUGAUUCUGUUCCACGACAGUCCUUUCAAAUCCUCCCCUGUUGUUCACCCCUGGUUUUCCCUGUGGAUGAGUUCCAAAUAUUCACCACUCUGUGGGUGAAGAGGUUUCUGUUGAAUUUUCUGCGGUCUGAAGAAGUCGAGCUGACUGCAGUUCUGUCUGAGAUGUUCUUCACCCCUCAAAUCUCUGGGCUGAGGAAGAAUGAUAUUGGGAGUUAACCUCCUUAUUCCGGGCUUAUUUUCACAUUGUGGGUCAUUUCCCCUGCUUCUAAAGGAUUGUUAGAAAACACCACUGUCCUCUAAAGACUGAAAACAGAAUGGGAAACCAUUAGUUGGAUGUUCAAUGGAGCAGGGUCAGAAACCAGAGGCGGGUCCGCACAGGGCAGAGUUUGGGGCUCUGGACGAUGGUUGGGGUAAGAAUGUAUGAUGAGGAGGGAAUCAGCAGUGGGGCGUGGCAACAAAUGAUAUUAGAGUAGCAACAUUUGGAAGCUGAUUGACAGGGAAAAUAAUUCAGUUGUCAGACUGAUGACACAAACAAAACCUGUGGUGAGGUGCCCCAUUGGUCAAGGAACAUGUGUGUGCGUUUGGAAUGGUUAUAUCUAUUGAAGUUGUUCCUGCUUGUUUCUCCUGUAAUAUAAUAUCUGGUUGGUUAUUAUGGAUUGUCCUAUCUGAAAAAAUGUAUUGCUUUUCAUAUAAUUUGUAAUAUUUUAACUGUAAAACUGGAUCAGGCUUGAAUUUAUGGUGCCUUUAUGAAGUGAUCGAGGGCAUUCAUGAGUUUGUAUUUUAAAGCAAGAUUUUUGUGAAUGAUAUUUGCCACUUGAUUGUAACUUUGUCAGUAAUCAGAUUGAGUUAAACUGCUGCAGGAUCCUGGAAUGUGUUGGAUUGUGUCUUGUUUCUCUUGGCAUUUUCUGCAUUUAUUGACUUUUGUUUGUAUUGUAUGUAUUUUUGAUUUUUUAAUUAUUUUUAUUAACCAUGUUGUCCUGUAUUUCUGCAAGGAACCCCUCUGUUUCUAGGAAGAGGUCUCCAAAACUCAGUCGGGUGCUCGAUGCUUCCUUGUCACCAUCUCCUCUGCUCAGAUCAUUGGGAUGUCUCCCAUGGAGGGUCAUGCUCAUUCCACUAGUUAAUGUUUUCUUCCAUAGUGAUGAUUCGUUUUUCUGAUUUCGCCUCUCAUUUAUGUUUUCUGCUCUGUAUUUCUUAUCACUAUUGCAUAUACACACAUGGAGUGCUGAAUCCUGUUCAUUUUUGAUGGAAAUAUAUACUUCAAAGUUUUAUCUGACUGUUGUGUGAUUUUUUUUUUCAUGUCUGUUAUUUCUCUUCCUCCUUCUGUCCAAGGUAGAGUUAAUCUAAGUGGGUCUGAGUGUAUGUAUUCUUUUUUAAAGUUUUCUAAAUUUCUUAGUUACCUUUGUAAAUUUUACUGAUUGAAAUUUGACCAAGACAUUUUUUAUUUUUAAAAAAGUCAGUGUCGGUAUUGAUGGAAGUGUUUAUUGCCUUUGUUGUAUUUGUUAACUAUUGUGCUCUGUUUGGCAGGGUUUUUUUUAACCCUUGAACUAAAUUUUGUCAAAGGUUUUCCUUAUUUCACAGUACUUUCUAUUGUCUUUGAUUGUUGAUAUUCCAGAUGCGUGGGUAUCAAGAUUCCUGAUGAAGGGUCUUCACCUGAAAUGUUGAUUCCCAUCCACAGAUGCUGCCUGACAUGCUGAGCUCCCCCAGCACUUCUAGAGAACUUCUGGAGUAGUUCUCUAGAUUUCUAGCAUCUGCAGGUCCUCUUGUUUCCCAGAUACUUAUAUAUUUGUUGAAAGAACAAGCCAGUAGUGGGGUUGUGUGGCUCUGUUGCAAAAAAAAUUAAAUAAAAUCAUUAGAAAGAGGUGGCCUAGGGUUGGAAGGUGUAGAAUCUGUGGGUAGAAUUAAGGAAGAGCAAAUGUAAAAAAAAAAUCCCUGAUGGGAAUUGUAUAGAGACCUCCAAACAGCAGUAAGUAUGUGGUCCACAAAUGACAAUGGGAGAUAGGAAAUGCGUGCCAAAAGGGCAAUCUUACAAUGGUCAUGGGGGAUUAUCAUGCAGGUGAUUCAGAAAAUUAGGAUGGUAUUGGUCUCAAGAGGAGGAAUUCCUAGAAUGCCUACAAGAUGCUUUUUUAGAGCAGCUCAUGGUUUAGCCCACUUGGGGAUCAGCUAUUCUGGAUUGGGUGUUGUAAUGAACUGGAAUUAAUUAGGUCACUAAAUUCAAAGAACCCUUAUGGGCAAGUGAUCUUAAUAUGAUUAAAUUCACCCUGACAUUCGAGAAGAAGAAGCUAAAGUCAGAUGUGGAAUAAUUAGAGAGGCAUGAGAGAAAAAAAAUGGUCAAAAUUGAUCUGAAAAGAACACAGGCAGGGAUGAAAACAGAGUAGCAAUGGCUGGAAUUUCUGGAAGCAAUUCGGAAGGCAGAGAAUGAACACGUCACAAAGAGGAAAUAGUAUUCUGAAGGUAAGGUGACAAAACUGUGGCUGAUAAGAGAAACCAAAGACAUCAUAAAAACCAAAGAGAGGGCAUAGUGCAAAAAUUACUGGGAAGUUAGAGGAUUGGGAAGCUUUUAAAAAACAACAGAAUGCAGCUAAAGUAAUUAAGAGAAGGAAAAGAUGGAAUACAUAGGUGAGCUAGCCAGUAAUAUUAAAGAGGAUACCAAUUUUUUUCUUCAGGUACAUGUCGUGUAAAAGAGAGGAGGAAGUGGAU